AUGUCGCAGUGCAUCAUUGGUUGCGAUGCCAGGGUGAUCUUCUUCGUCCUGUACGUCACGGUUAUCGUGUUCGCAGUGAUAAGAGUAAUUACGGCCAUCUUUCUCAAAGACACCUUGGACGCUGCCCACAACGACGCUGAGAACCUCAUUCUGGACAAGAUGAGGAAGAAGGCCGAGUACGUCGGCAAGCUGGAGGCAGUUUUUCAAGCCAUCGACAAGUGCGGCGAUGGCAUGAUCUCAGAAGAGAGGCUGACGGAGAUUCUUUCCAACCCCAAGGUUGCGGCUUAUUUUCAGACACUGGAGCUGGAUGUGCACGAGAGCAGAGCUUUGUUCCACAUCUUGGACAACGGUGACGGCGAGGUGACUCGGGAAGAGUUUAUCGACGGAAUCCUACGAUGCAAAGGUGGUGCCAGAGCCAUCGACCAGAUCCAGAUGCAUGCGGAUCUGCGGCAGUUGGACAAGAAAGUCGUGAAGCUUGUAAAGUCCUUGCAGAAGUCGGAUGUCAUCAAGGGGAAGCGUCAGAGUGUGCGUGGCGAGCUGAAGCGCGCGCAGCACCUCAAGGUCUUCCACUUUGGUGCUGGGCAGUCCAAAAGCUUCCAUCCGCUGGCGUAG